UUGUUAAUUCGAAUUGCCGAAGGUUGGUUAUAAGUGAAAUCAAGGUUCUUUGUACGAUGAGUUCAAUAUUGUUACCGCCAUAUUUACCCUUUCAUGAUCUUGUUAAACACGAAGUGAACGUCUACAAAAUAGUGAAUGUAUUACAGCAAUACUUAAGAAGCAACAACAUCGACGUCAACACCAAAGAUCCUAAUACCAAACAGGCUCUUGUGCAUUAUGCCUGCUACUCAAAGUCUUUGUCGUUCGGGAGUGUCUUUCUGGACACUUUUCACGAAGAAAUCGAUAUCCAUGCCAAAACCUCUAACAACGAAACUCCUCUUCAUUUCGCCGUACAGAGGGGCAACAAAGGAACUGUCGAAACCUUGUUGAGACUUGGUGCUAAAUCGAACGUCGGCCGAAGCAACGAUGGCCAAACACCUAUUCACCUAGCGUGUCGAAAAAAGGGAUCAGUCGAUAUACUGAAAAUGCUUCUUUUCGAUCCGACUGUCGAUAUAAACGCCCAGGAUAACAGAAAAUGCACAGGCCUGCAUCACGCCGUUUCCGAAAAUGACAUUUAUAUGGUGAAACUCUUAUUGAAACACGGUGCGGAUCCUAAUGCUCGAGAUAAAUCGAAUGCAACUCCUUUGCAUAUUGCAGCAAGACGCUCUUACAACCUAAUCAUUGACGAGCUGUUAACAAACCGUGCCUUGGUGAAUGUCGCCGAUAUCUACGGUGUUACCCCUCUACAUUUGGCAGUGACUACCAGUAAUGAAUACGCAGUUAGGAAAUUCCUCGAAUACGCCGGUGAUCCCAACUUCAGUCCCAAUGUGGAAAAGAUAAAUAUUGUUCAUUCAGCUUUGCUUCAAAAUAAUACGACGAUCCUCUCUCUCAUUCUGAAAUACUCUGACAAUAUUGAUGUCGUCGAUGAAAAAUCGUUAACACCUCUGGAAAAAGCUGUUGAGAUUGGUGAUGAGAAAAAAGUGAAAAUUUUAUUGAAAUAUACAACCAAUCCGGAAGUCAUGAGGAACUUGAUUAUGAUAUCCGUCUCCAAAGGUGAUAUGAAAAUCACAAAAUUACUUCUUGAAUCCAAAGCAGUUGCUUUUAUUAAUACAAUAUCGAAGAAUGGUAGUUUUCCCCUGCUAGAAGCAGUUAAUUGGCGUAGAAUUGAUUAUUUAGCGCUUUUACUGGCAUACGGUGCUGAUAUUAAUCUUAAAAGCAAAGAUGGACAUACCGCACUCACUAAAGCUUCUAAAUACCGCUUUUAUGAAAUCGAACAGUUUUUAUCACAACCCGAAAAAUUUUCUUCCUACAUAACUUCUUAUAUUGAGUGAGACAUAUCUAAAACAUUACACCGUAAUAAAUUAUAUUUUAGAGUAAACGACUGAAUAUAAAUUAAGGCGAAUAUUCAAAAUAAUGUACAUAAUAUAAACGAUUAUGAUAAAGUGUUCGAUGAAUAUUUGUGUAUGUGUAUGUUUGUGUAUGGUGCAUUGAAGCAACUUCCAUUUAUUGUGAAUAUUAUCACAUGCUUUCCUAAAAUUUAUAAUUAAUAAUAAAAUUUGUAACUUAUUUAUACUUCAAAUGGUAAAAUCCUAUUUAUUUUAUCAUAUCUUGGAUAAACAUGAAAAUAGCAUAUUUUACCAAUAAAUAUACAGUUUUUUAUA